UAGUGGGCUCCUUAAUUCAAUAUCUGUUUUUUCCAUCGCUGAAUUUCCAUCCACGUCUUGCAGAGAUCUUUAAACCAUGAUUCUCUUCUUCAUUUUCUUGAUUUCUUCACUAAAUAUCCAGCACCCAAGAUUUGCAGCAGCCCAGCAGGACUGCCCUCCCGCAAGCUGCAGCCCCUCGGGCCCCAUCGUCCGCUUCCCUUUCCGCUUAACCGGCCGCCACCCCCAGCACUGCGGCUAUCCCGGUUUCGACCUCUCCUGCAACCCCACCAACAACCGCACCGAAUUCGACUUCCAAUUCCCCGUCCGUGCCUCGCCCCGGAAUAUCAUCCUCCCACUUUCAGCUAAAGCUACCGUAAAUGAAAUCGACUACAGAGCUCAAGUGAUCCGACUCAGCGUCUUCAGAGGGUCGUGCCUCCCUGCCCGGGUGCCCCAACUCAGCUCCUCCCCCUCUCCUUUCGAAUUCCACAUCAAGAUCAUGUACUAUGGUGCAGGCGACGGAUACACGCUUUUCAACUGCUCUGGAGGGCUGGACAACUAUGAGGCAUGGGCCACACCCAUGGGCCCGAUCAAGUGCCUUGCUCGAGGGAAUCACCGAGUUUAUGCUUACCGAUCCUCUACUUCGGUCCCCGACCUGCCUCUCUCCAGAUGUGUGAAAAUGUACAACGUUUCUGAUGUUUCUGAGGUGCUUUUGGACGCGCUGAGAGAGUAUUCGGUUGAUGAUACCUACCUGCAUUGGCCCGAACCCGUCUGCAGCAGCUGCGAAACCAGGGGCAAGUACUGUGGGUUCAACACCAAUAACCAAACUCAAUGCUUUGACAUACCCACACAAUCUCACCACAAGAAACAAGGCAUAUCAGAUAAGGCAGUCAUUGCCAUUGUAGUAGUUGCUGUUUUCACGGCCCUAGCUUUUGCUGCACUAUUUUACUUCAUCACAAUAAAGAGGCGUAAACAGAGCAAGGAGCGAAGGACUGAGCGUUUCUUAGAGGAUCACAAAGCAAGAAGGCUAACCAGAUACAUUUACUCUGAUAUCAAGACAAUCACGGACGGUUUCAAACACAAACUGGGGCAGGGAGGCUACGGAUCGGUCUUCAGAGGGAAGCUCUCGACAGACAUUCUGGUAGCGGUGAAAGUCCUAACCAACAUCAAGGGGAACGGCGAGGACUUCAUCAACGAGGUAGGAACCAUCGGCAACAUCCACCACGUGAAUGUGGUGCGUUUGGUCGGGUACUGUGCGGACGGGUACAAGCGCGCCCUAGUAUACGAGUUCUUGGAGAACGACUCGCUUAACAAGUACCUCUCAUCGGGCAAGCAGAGCAGCACGGUGGGGUGGGAGAAGCUGCUGGAGAUCGCGCUGGGGAUAGCCAGAGGCCUCGAUUAUCUCCACCAAGGCUGCAAACAAAGGAUCCUUCAUUUCGACAUCAAGCCACACAACAUCUUGCUGGACCAUAACCUCAACCCCAAAGUUGCCGAUUUUGGUCUGGCAAAGCUGUGCUCCAAGGAGAAGAGCGUGGUGACCAUGACGGGGGCGAGGGGGACGAUAGGCUACAUUGCACCCGAGGUGUUCUCGAGGAACUUCGGGAAGGUGUCGUACAAGUCGGAUAUAUAUAGCUACGGGAUGGUGUUGCUGGACAUGGUCGGUGGACGGAGGGAGUUCGGAGAAGCAGCGCAGGAUAGCGGGGAAGUGUACUUUCCGGAGUGGAUGUACAAUCAGCUGGAGAAAGGAGAGGAUAUAGCUAUCCAUGUUGAUAAUGUGGAGGAGACUGAUAUUGUGAAGAGGCUUAUAAUUGUGGGACUCUGGUGUAUACAGUGGUAUCCUGCAGAUAGGCCAUCCAUGAAACUUAUCAUCCAGAUGCUGGAAGCUCAAACCAUGCCCAUUAUGCCGCCCAAUCCUUUCGCUGCCUCAAAUUCUGCAAAUUCAACUUCAUCUUCUUCCACCAUGUACACCACCUCAACAACCACCACUUUUACUUCUUGACGUUUAACCAUCCUUGCUUAUGAAUAAAAGUAUAAAACCUUCUGUUCUGUUUA